CUUUCCGCUUCACAGCGGCAGACAGCCGCUCUCUUCUCACAGCAGUGGAUGAAUGUUCGCGGGGGAUGUAAAGUGUUUUCUCUUGUCACGCAGGGAAAACAUGGCGUGGAUUCUGAUCGUGCUCAUCUCUAUGUGGAUGUACCUGGUGAAGAUGUCUCCGCGCCUCUAUGAGGCAGAGGAGAACGGUGACAUCACCAUCGGAUGGGACUUUCAGACCAAAGCCGACAUGACUCGCAGCAACAUGGUUUGUUUUCUCCAGUCGGAGCCUCUGGAGCUUUUCUAUCAGAUGAUAAAGGGCGUUGAGGCUCCGGAGUCUCAGCAUCAGCGGUUCGCAGGACGGGUUCACUGCGACAGAGACGCUCUCAGAGACGGACGAGUCAGACUUCAGGUGUCCGCAGUCACAGCUGAAGACUCUGGAAACUACAGGUGUGAUCUGGCUGCUGCUUACGACAAAACCACGAGGCGGUGGGAGCUGGAGGCCUCUGAGGAGUUUGUCUUGAGUGUAAACCAAAAGAACGUCAACACACCUGGCCGGACAACUACUCCAGAAAAACAUCACACACGAAGGCACUUGACGACACUGAUGUACCAUCGUCAUGCAGGUGCUAAGCAACCAGCAGGAGCCCCAGAGCAGGGACGAGACAGAUGCAAGACAUCAAGCAGAGUUGGACCGUACCUGGCAGCCGUAGCUCUUAUAGUGCUAGUUGCCUACGCCGUGUAUCUGGUGGCUGAAGCGACACCGUGUCUCGCAGCACUGGUUGGUUGACGUCUACAACAUGAAGGUGGAGCGAUGUCUUGUGUCAUCGAAGGUCAGACGAAGGAGGGAAGCUGCUUCAUUUCAGCUCAGGUGCAAGGAGAUCAUGUGACCUCUGAGACUGAUCAAAGUCCAGAUGCACCGGCGUGUUGUGGUCCAUGUGUGAGGGUUUCACUGCACAGAGAAGGCCAAAGAAAACCGGAACAUCUGGACAGAAUAUCUUCACAUCUGGUGCUAACAUUCCCCCGGGCUCAAGGAUGAACUAGUUAGGUUUUGGUGGUCAAAGGUCAAAGGUCACGGUUUUUAACUCGGCCAUAACUCAGGAAUUCACCUGCUAAUUAACUGUAAGUGGACCGGCUGGCAGACGCAUUCAUCUGGUCCAGAUGUUUAACUCUCAGGUUGUGUGUUUGUUAUAUUUAUUAUAUACAUUUUCUACCUUCCACUGAUUUCACGUAAAGCAAUAUUACACAGGUAUGCUGUCAUACUUCUUCCUUUAUAGACAGUAUGAAAGCAGGUGGAAGAAGCUUCACUUCCAGUAUUAGUAAAACAGCUUUUCACUGCUGCAUCUGUUCCAGCUGAAGCUCGUUUGAACUACGUCUCUUUAAGGUGCUUUAGUCCAGAGGUUCCCGAGGCGUCAGGCCACUGUGUGGUUGUAAAGUGUGUUGGUGUCUACUCCAGUUUACAACAGUGUUUUAAUGACAUGUAAUAAAACACUGACUGGAUUUCCUCAGUGAGUCUGAGACACGGAGCAAAGCUGAAGAGCAGCAGCUUAAAGCGAAAAUGACACUAUCACAAACACAAAUGUAGCAUAUGACUUUAACAUUUUUAUA